AUGGAAUACGAUCCUGCCCACAAAACUUCCAGUGUUACCAGCACAAGCAGCAGCACAUCCUCUAUUUGGGACCCAUUGCCCUCUCUCUACACUGGCCGUGCAGAUUCAGUCUCUAGUGCUUACGAUUUUGAUGAUUUGCAAGAGCCCGAAUCAUUCAAUGAGCCCAAUCUCCACACAAUUGCAUUGAAUGACGAAAACGAACAGCAGCAAAAAUCAUUCAACGAGUUUCUCAAUAAUUUCCUCGAAGAAAAUCAAAUCAAAAAGGAGUUCAUUGGUCAUCACGAGGUGCCCUCAUCCAACAGCCUGUUGAGUCAUGGGAAUAUCAAGUCCAAGAGACCUUAUCAGGAAAUGGUGGAAGAUGAUGAAGAAACCAACAAGAAGAACAGAGAGCUUCUUUCAGAUGACCAAAAGCGUGCAAACCAUAUAGCAUCUGAACAAAAGAGACGCAACACAAUUCGCGGUGGAUUCAAGGAGCUGACUGAAAUCAUUCCUACUCUAAAGAACAUCAACAACUCCAAGAGCACUAUUCUUUUCAAAUCUGUUGACUAUAUCAAACAGCUUGAUAAGCGUAACAAGGCAUUAAAAGAUAGACUUGUUCAGCUGCAGCAGAGAGUCCAACAAAAGACAUUGAAGAAGCACUCCAACCUACCUCCCAGUGCAAUUGCGGCCUUGAUUGCUCACAAAAACCAACAAAAACAGCUCGAGUUAUUGCAAGAGCAAUUGCGUGUUCAACAAGCUCUCUUAACCAAGCACAACAUUCAGCCUCAUCAAUCUCUUUACCCCACUACUCAUACAGCAUCUUCCAACAGUGGCGAUUACCAUUCCAUCUCCAUUCCUGCCAUGAUUGACACGCCCACCACCUCCACGACUACCUCCCCCACCCUCCAGCAUGCAUCUCUUCCUUUGUCCUCUCAAAUUGUAAAUAACUCUAAUAGCAUUUCAUUUUCUACUCCUGCUGCUUUGGUCAUGCCUUCCGAUGAAUGGCAACAGCGUCCUCAUGUUCAUCAUCAACAUCCUCAUCCACAUUCAGCUCCCAGUUUCAUCAUUCCUGCCGAUGAAAAUUAUAAUCAAAACCAUCUCAGUUUCCGUGAACGCUUACUCAGUUCUGGGAAAUUGAAUCAUUUAAGAAAAAUAUCCAUGUAA